AUGGGUAUUGAUUGGACCAUUGUCGAUGAAAUACGGCUUUAUCGGUGGGUUGCCCAAUUCAAACCGGCUGGGAUCAACAAGCACUUCCAUAUGCUAUGCAUCGUGGAAAGAAUGAAUCACCCAGAGAAGUAUCCUGUUACUUUAUUACAGAAGGACGUUGUAAAACCGGGGAAAUUGUUUACUGCAGAAGAGAUUUGGGAGAAAUUAAGUUCUGCAUAUAAUCUUGCUGAAAUUGAUAGACUAGAAGACCAGGAGACAGAGACAAUACCGCGAAAUAAUGAGACUGAUGGAGAGUUGACCAUGCUGGAGCGCAGACAACGACUGAGACAGAUACGAGAUUUUGAAUUGCCUUGGGACGAGUACGGAGAGCUGAUACUGGAGAAUGCAAGGAACGGAGUUUACGAAGAAGGCCAGGAUGUUCUGGAAGAAGAUGAAGCAGCCCCAUCAACCCCCACAGGAUCAGAGAGGGAAGAUUCAGAGGGCCCUACAGACAAGAGGAGAUCGACAAGAAUAAGGAAAUCCUCACGAUUAAUGAAACCUGGCGGUGAAGAAGAGGGAUCCUCAAAGGAAUCUUCAGAUAACGAGGCGCACGAAUCAAAGGAAGAAUCAGAUGAGCCCACUCCAGAAGAGGGCGCAAUUGAAGAAGAGGAAGGAUCCUCAGACCAGCCGCUUGCAAAAAGAACAAGACACUCAUCACAAACAAGGGCCACAAACGAAACUUCGCCCAAACGGAAGAAACGUAUCACUGAUCAACCAGCAAAGUCUAACUCAGUGGUACAAACUAGAGUCUCCAGUAGACUACGCAACAGGAAACAAUGA